AUGGAGGUCCCAGCAGGUCAAGACGGCAUCCAGCGCCUGCUUGCUUCCGAGAAGGAGGCCCAAAGCGUGGUCGCGAAGGCCCGCAAAGCGCGCACCGAUCGCCUGAAGCAGGCCAAGGACGAGGCUGACAGGGAGGUACAGGCAUACAAGGCACAGCGUGAGGAAGACUUCAAGCGCCGGCAGACAGACGACUCUUCAGCCUCCGAGGAGUCUGCGCGCAACCUCAUCGAGGAGGCGGAGGCGACUGUCCGGUCCGUGCAGCAGUCUAUUCAGGACAAGAAGGAGGAUGUUCUGAAGCUGCUGCUCAAGCAUGUGACCACAGUGUGA